GAGCGUGUGUGUGUUUGAAAAUUAAAAGUUCUGGUAUUCUCAGGUCAACGCAUACGAGCUUUCCCCAUCGCUGCAAGUAAACAUCGCGCGUUCAAAAACCCAAGUGCAUUUAACGAAGAACGAAAACCCUUAAAGUUUUAACUACGAAUAGAAUAAAAUACGAAAAUAGUGUUGAAAUUCGGAAAAUAACGUUGCGAAAAUGGUGCUCGCACCAGAAUCGACGACCGGCGAGCACGAAACCAUCCGGAAGAGUCUCGAGGAUCUAUUGAAGUUGAUGUUGAUCGUUUGGUGCAGGGAGAAUCAAGCGUUGAAGCUGAUCUCGACGCAGAAGACGAAUGAGAGCGACAAGACGGUGAUAGUGAGACGGGAAUCGGGGGAGUUCGGUUUCCGGAUUCACGGAUCGAAACCGGUGGUGGUGUCCGCCAUAGAACCGGAUACGCCGGCGGAGAGUUCCGGUUUGGAAGUCGGCGACAUCGUGUUGGCCGUGAACGGGGUCAGCGUCUUGGACAAAAGCCAUUCGGAGGUCGUCAAAAUCGCGCACGCCGGAAGCGACACCCUCACAUUAGAGGUGGCGAGGACGUGCGGCGUGUUGAGUCCGGCUUCGGCGGAGACGCACGGAGGUUCGCCCUUAUACAGCGGUUAUCUAUGGAAAUUGGGUGGACACGCGAGCGGAACUCCCUCGAACAAAUGGAUAAGACGAUGGUUCUCGCUGAAGAAAGAUAACUGCCUCUAUUACUAUAAGACUGAUAUGGAUAAACAACCAGUUGGUGCUAUGAUGCUGUUCAAUUACGAGAUCUGUCGCGAAGAGGACGAAGAGGGAGACGCGCCGAGCAGAUGCUUCAGGUUCAGCCUGAAGAGGAAAGGAGCACCGACGCUCCAUUUGGCUGCGGACAGUGAGCAGGCCGUGGCCAGAUGGUUGGAGGUUCUUCUGCACGCCGCGGCGGAAAGCCAGUUGGCCGAUGCUUGGUUGGAGCAAACAAGGAGGAAUCUGACGAUUCCGCCGAAUUCCAUAAGAAGACCCGAUUGUUUCGGGUAUCUCGUCAAGUUGGGAACGCAGUGGAAAUCGUGGAGCAAGAGAUACUGCGUCUUGAAAGACGCUUGUCUCUACUUCUACCCGGACGCAAACGCCAAAAACGCUUUCGGUGUGGCGUGUUUGCACGGCUACCGUGUCCAGCAGACUUCUUCGGGGAGCAAGAAGCACGCGUUCGAAAUUAUUCCAUCCGAUUCCAAGCAGAAGCACUACUAUUUCCACACCGAAUCAGACAUGGACAGAAAACGAUGGUUGGCGGCGCUGGAGUAUUCCAUAGAUAGAUGGUUGAAAGUUGGAUAAAAAUAUAUAUAAAUAUAUAGAGAGUACAUAAACUUAUAUAUACAUACAUGUUAUAUAGCCAUUUACAUACAUUCUUUUUUGGAAAUAUCUUUGAAUGGAGGAGCGAAAGAGGAAGGAAAAUUGCGCACACGAGUUUUUCUAUAAAUAUUAUUAUUAUUAUUACUAAAAUACUAAACGAUAAAAAGAGAGAGAGAAUGCAAGAAGAGAAGAGAAAAAUAAAUUGUGAUUCGAUGUACACGUAGUUUGUAGGCCAUAUUUCCUUCUUUUGAUAAUUCAAAUUAUCUCAACAACAACAACAACAAAAAAAAACUAUAAUUAACACACAUAUAAAUUUAGCGACUAGACCAAAUAGGUUUAAACAAGGGCGGCUGCAGAAGGAACGGCGAUGUAGCGAUUAAUUAAGAUUAAGUCAGCUUAGCCGAGGAUCGAAUAAAACAAAAGCGAACGGAAGUGACGUAUUGAUUCUAAAUUAACUGUAGGAUUCGUUAGGUUGUAAGGCUUCUUCUACUUCUACUACUUCAUCUUCUUCGGGAAGAUAAAGUGAAUUAUCAUGAAAAUAUAUAAAAAAAAAAGAGGAGAAGUCGUCGUUAGCUUGAUUUAGUCGGUGUGUCUAUCAUAUGUUUGCGUACAAUUCUCCAUCAUCAUACAUUCUUUUUUUUUUUUC